CUCAGCUAGCUUGCUUACGUAGAAGUGCAUACGUCACGUCACGUCAAUCGAUUCCGACUCCGAGGAGCCAAUUAAUGGGCGCCGGCGCCGGCGACUGGCCCGUCUUCGUCGACGGAGGAGGCUCAUCGUACAAAACAAGCUGGUCCGGCGCCGCCGCCGUCAUCGUCUGCCUCUGCGCCGUCGCCGCCGUCUUCCUGAUCAUGGCCGGCAUCACGCAGCUCUGCAAACGCGUCUUCCCUGCGGCGCCGCCCGCGCCGCCGCCUCAACGCCGGCGCGACGACGACGACGACGAUGGCAUUGUGGUCGCCGUCGGCAUCGACGAGGCGACGCUGCAGGCGCUGCCGCUGGUGCUGUACGGCGAGGCGAGGACGGCGCAGACGAGCUGCGCCGUCUGCCUGGAGAGCUACGGCGGCGGCGACGUGCUCCGGGCGCUGCCGGAGUGCGGCCACCUGUUCCACCGGGACUGCAUCUUCACGUGGCUCCGGCGCCGCCCGACGUGCCCGGUCUGCCGGGCGCCGCCAUCGCCGGCGCCGCCCGCCGACGUUCUUGGUCUGCAGCUCUCUGUUUAAAUUUUAUGGUUAAUCUUUCUUUCUUUCCAUUCAUUAAUUUAUUUGUUACACCACAAUUAAUUAAUGUCACUGGCUAGAAGUAGAAGAUGGAACGAAAUUGCUUCAAUGGAUGUAAAUUUGGGUUCCUUGUGUAAUUAUAGGUUGAAUGGUGGUCAAGUGAAGAAGAGUAAAUUCCCUGUGUACCCCUGAAAACUCACUCAAUCCCUUUCAUACCCCUAAAAUUUACCCGAUCCCUUCUAUACCUCUGAAAUUUCAAUUUGAUU